AUGACGGUAAACCCUGCCGUAUUUCUUCCUUGGAUUAAGAAUGUCCUUGAGAAGAGAGGUGUGCGGUUCGUUCGAGCUGAAGUCAAGUCUCUGGAUGAGGUAAGGUCGGUACUCCAAGCAAAAGUUAUCAUCAACGCGACUGGCUUGGGGGCAUUUGAGUUGGCCAAUGAUCGAAAGGUGAUUGCAGUUCGUGGGCAGACGCUGCUGGUUGAGAGCGACUCCCAUGAGAUGAUAAUGUUCCAGGGCUCGCACUACACCUACCAUAUUCCACGAAUGUAUUCUGGAGCCGUGAUUAUGGGCGGAGUCAGUCAGAAGGGAAACUUGGACGGCAAAGUUGAUCCCGCAAUUCGAUCCGAUAUCAUGAGACGUAUGAACCUAAUCACGAACAACAAAUACCAGUCUUUAGACCUGGAGAAACAUGUCGUGGCAGACCUAGUUGGCUUCCGGCCGAGUAGAGAAGAGGGAUACCGGCUGGAACGAGAGGGUGAUGUGGUUCAUGCAUACGGCUUCAACACUCUUGGUUAUACCUAUAGCUACGGCGUCGCCUUGAGAGUUGUGGAGCUCACAAAAGCUAUGGGAUGUGAGAAGAAACUGUGGAAGAGCAAUCUAUGA